AUCAGGGCAAAUAGAAGAUUAAAAAAAAGAAAAGAAAAAUGUGAGGGUCUUAUUCCAGGAGGGUAAAUAAGUCUAAUAAAGAAAAGAGUCUUUGGUCAUUCUUGUUUGUCAUGUAAUACAAGGAUGUUUUUUUUUUGUAUAUUUUGAGACCAUUCUUUAAACCGUUGAUGUUUAAGGCUUCACCUUAAGGUGUUUGCAUUUAUGGAUAAAAUGUUUAGCAAGCGCUAUCAAAUUGUUCACCAGGACGUCCAAGUUCUUCUCCUCUAGUUACACUCCAACUUUAAUCGACAUCCAGUUUAACGGAUGUAAAAUAAUUUGAUUGGUUAACAACCAGCUUUGAAACGAUACCCAAAAUUAUGUAACAUGUUCACAUUCAAAGAAAAUAUGUUCCACCGUUUCAAUAUCACCCUCGGAUACUAAUCCACACAGAUUAACAUCCCAAUUAAAUCUUCCAUGUAAGAAGUGGUUCAAUGGAUAAAUAUCAUUAAGUAUUUUAAAUGCGACCUCUUUUGCUUUAUGAGGGACUGGAUAAGAUAAAUAUAAUUUCCUUAUCUUUCUGUAAUCUCUUAGAACAUAUUUUCCUUUUAGUUGAUAAGGGUAGUAUUGUGCAGUCAAAGUAUUUCUAACAAACUUAUUAGAAAAUAAUUUACUCCCUAAAGUGACUCUUCCUUCCACAAGUAGUGAUAAGUAGUCAUUUCCGGAACAUUUGAACGCAUCAUCAGGUGUUGAGUCAUUGUUUUAAAGGGAAUUGGAAUGACAUUAGUUAUUUUAUAGUACUCCUUAGUUAAGCACUGAAAGUUAUAUUUAACACAAAGGUUCUCAUGAGUUAGGAAAUUGCCAUGUUCAUCCAAUAGACGUGAAACAAAUUCCUUUAUCGAACCAACCAACAAUGAUUUACGACUGAUCAGUAUCGAUCUAUUAUUCCACAAGGGUGAGUUGUGAGGAGUAAAAUUGUGCUUAUAUGUUAAAUUCCAGUAGAGAAGAACUUGUUGGUGAUAGUCUGAAAGUUUCACAGGCAGUUUAUACACACACAUAUAUGUAUAUAUAUAUAUAUUAGUCACAACUCAACAAAAAAUCAAGGCCUCCCAUUUUUUGAAAGAUUGCACUGGGAAUGCUUAACCAAAAUGAGUUUUUGUGCAAAAGAAAUGAAUUGAGCCAUUUGAAUUUUAGAAGACCAUUCAUAACGGAGAAACCUACAGCAUUUAAAUCACCCUCUUCAAUAUUACUGACCACAUCAGCUCUUCUCAUAUACUGGCAUUUGUUUUUCCAAAUGAAUUUAGAGUUUAUAUUGUUGAUUAGUUUAGUCAUUUUAUCUGAAAUUUCCAGUGAGAAAGCAGGAUAAAUAACUCUUGACAAACUUUACAUUUUAGAAAGCAAAACCCUCCCAAAUACAGUGAUGUCUCUUUGUAACAGUUCAAAAUGGUUUUGAAUUUAUCCACAUUUUUACAAACAUUUUCUCUCUCCCUCAAUUUAUUCCUGGUAAUAACUAUGCCCAAGUAUUUGAUUUUUGUUUUAAUCGCAAUGUUACAUAUUGAGAGUGUCAUCUGGUCAUGAAGAGCAAAUAUUCCACAUUUAUUGUUAAGUUUCAAGCCUGAUUCUUUGGAGAAUUGAUUGAUGGAAUCUAAAACUUUGGGAAUUUGUCUUUCAUCUUUUAAAAAUAAUGUUGUAUCGUCUGCAAAUUGACUGAUUAUAAUAUGUCUUUGUAAAAUGUCUAUUCCAUCUUUAUCAUUAUUCUUUAUCAUAACUGAUAAUAGCUCGGCCACUAGAAUAAACAGUAAAGGAGAGCUGUUACAACCAUGUCUAAUACCCCUGUUGACUUGACUGUACUGUGUUCCAAAGCCACACAACUAUUAAUGUCCCUGUACAACACACCUAUCAGGUUUAUGAAUUUUUGAAAAAAUACAAAUUAAUUUAGAGUAUUUAAUAUGAUGGGGUGCUCCACUUUUAUAUUUAACAAAUUCCCAUUUAUUACAAAAGCCAAUUAUAAUUUAUUUUAUUUUAUCACAGUAAUUUCUAGUUUUUAGUAAGUUAGAAUUAAAUUUCCAAUUAGCUUUGUUUUUACUUUUCCUGUAUAUUGAAUUCAUUGUUAUUUCAGUUAUACAGUGGUCAGUUAAAGGAGCUUUGGAAAUGACAGCUUCUGAGAUUUUGCACUACCAUUUUCCCUGGGUUUUGAUUUCUCCAAAUAUCCACUAAGCUAUUAUCUCUGAGGAAUUUUUCCAUAAGGGGAUUAAAAUGAUGACUGUCAAAUCUGGAGGGACAUUUAUCUUCCCACUCAUCAGACACCAUAUUCCAAUCACCUCCCAUUAAAAUAAAGUCAGUGGGGUGGAGCGCUUUCAGCUCUGUUAUCUCAGAGGUAAUAUUUUCAAACAAUUGUCCCGUUUUGGGCGUCAGACUUAUAAAUAUAUAUAUUGAUUAAAAUCAGAAAAUAACUUUCAACCUUCAAAACUGCCAUUAGCCAGUGACCUUCCCUAUUACAUCACCUGGAAAUCUAUGAAAACAAAUAUCAACACCAGCAGACCUGCUGCUUCCACGGCUGAAUAAUAUUCGAUCACAUCUGCGUCAGAAGAAUGAAAUAGAAAUAGAAAUAAGGAUUUUCUUUAAGGCCCCUCACGUUUAAGGAAACAAAUGAAAUAGUGCAACUGAACAUUCUCCUCAAAACAAAUGAACAACUUUAACAAAUUAACAAGUGCUUAGAAGGAUAAAAACUUGACUUACUCUAAUUAACAAGCAACUGUGUCCCAUGUUACCAUCUUUCACUCAUUUUGUAUAUUUGUGUAUCGAAAUCUGCCUAUAAUCAACCAAUUUUCCCGACCCUCUAUGUAUCCGUGAGGACCACGGUAGUGUCCUCGAUCUGUGUGUUUUCGUCACUUUUCUCCUCUAAACCACUAAGCUUUAGGCACCACCGCAUCUUUCUUGCUCCCUGGUUCUCUUUUUCAGUUCUUCAUUUUCAGUUUUGAGGAGUUUUAUGUCUUUUCCUUUGCAUUCCUGAACUUCUUCAUCAUUAAGCUGCACCGCUUCUGUCUAUGCAGCAAGCGUGCAGCUAGUUUGUUUAGCUUGUAAAUUUAGCUCGUCAAAGUAUUUUUUCAUACCUCGAAUGGCUUCUAAUAUGGUCAGGUUGGAUACCUCCGUCCCAUCGUGUUGACUUUUACCUUUCUUGCCGGCUGGAGGCUUAUUUGGGGUCGCAGCUUCUUUCCGUUUGGUUUGGUUAGCCAUGCUAGCCUCCUUAGCAUAGGUAUGAUCUCCGGCACCGAAUCAUCCAGCAUUUCCUCCAAAUUGCUCGAUGCGUGGGUCGUUGUGACAUUCCCACCAAAUAAUAUCAGUUCAGUGGGCUUCAAUACGUUAUUUUGAUUCAUUUUGAGUUUUCUAAGUGUUCUUUUGAAUAUCUUUUGGGACAAGUUUGUUGCAGCCUCCGCUUCAAGUUUGCAGUUCAACACGCCAUCUUACCGGAAGUCCCGAAGAAGAAGUAGUUGUUACCCGGUUGUCAUCCCGCAAACCCGCAGUGUCAGUAAGAUUUCCUCUGAGAGAGGAAGGCUGAGCUUCAUUACGACACAGAAUCGUGUAGUCAAUUAAAAAAUUAAGAUCAGCACCACUCUUAUCUGUAUGGCGCACGGCCAGUUAGUUUAAUUUAGUUUAGCAUAGAGGCUAGAAACAGGUGAGAAGGACUCAGGAACUUUUUUGUUGUAUUUUAUAAUUGUCUGGUUCCAUGUCAUUUUGAAAUGCUGUGUUUAGACUUAUAUUUGAGCAUUACAGCUGCAGGCCAUGGCAAACAAACCGUGGGCUCUGAUCUCAGAGGUGGGCGAGCAGGGUUACCUUGAGGAGGUCACCGACAUCAUGGAGCAACACUUCAACAUCAUCUCCCACGAAGAGUUUCUCCAAAACCCCGGCCUGCACGGCCCCAAAAUCCAGGCCAUGUUUGUGUGGAACGCCUGCCCCUUGCCUGAGCCUUCGCUGCUCGGUUCACUGCCGUCGCUGAAGGUGAUCGCGAACGGAGGCGUGGGCAUCGACCACCUGGACGUGCCAUACAUCACCAGUCAGGGCGUGAAGGUGUCCAACACGCCUGGAGUGGUGAGCGAUGCCACCGCGGAUAUGGGCAUGGCUCUGCUUCUGGCAUCGGCACGGAAAGUUGUGGAGGGUCACCAAGUAUCCGUUGACCCCAAGACCACUCACAUACCACAAUGCCUGAUAGGAGUUGAGGUCACUGGGUCGACUCUGGGGAUCAUUGGAAUGGGACGCAUCGGAUACAAAAUUGCUCAGCGAAGCAAAGGGUUUGACAUGAAGAUCCUGUAUCACAACAGAAGCAGAAGGAGUGUCCAGGAUGAGGAGGCGCUGGGGGCGAGAUACUGUGAGAACAUGGACGACCUCCUGAAGGAGUCUGAUUUCGUCAUGCUGGUGGUAAACCUGUCCCCUGAAACCACCGGCCUGAUCAGCCACAGAGAACUGUCCCUCAUGAAGCCCACGGCAACGCUGGUGAACGUCAGCAGAGGUCGUGUUGUGGACCAGGAUGCUUUAGUCAAAGCUCUGCAGUCUGGAACGAUCCGAGCGGCGGCUCUGGACGUGACUUACCCUGAACCUUUACCCAGGGAUCAUCCUCUCCUCAGCCUCCCUAAUGUGCUGAUCACACCUCACACCGGCACCAACACUUACACCACAAUAAGAAACAUGGUACAGAUGAUGGUAGACAGUGCACUGGCUGCUUUGAAAGGCCUACCUGUUCCCAACGAAGUCACGAUAAAGUGACUUGUGACACAUUGUCGUCUAUGUUGACAAGUGUUGAUUAAAGAUUUGUCUACACAUAGAUCCUGGCACCUGAAACACUUGAUCUUAAUUCUUUUGGGUUUUUAUGCCUUGACACUACUUCUAGUUUGUCUUGCCAUCAAUCAUGAUAUUUGGCAUUAUUAACAACUGUCAGAUCAUUAUUUUUCUGUUUUUUAGCUGUCUGUAAUCACUAACUGUAAAAUGUACUGUAUUCAUUCUCAUUGUCGGCACAAGGUGCAAAAUGUCAAAAUGUGAAUGAACAAUUGUAAUAAAUCUCUAAAAACGGUGCUCCUGUAUGUUGUAGGUCAAUAAAUCAUCAUUAUACGUUGAACAAGA